AUGGUUCUCGCAAAGUCCAAGAAUGCCGUUGGGCUUGGGAACAGUCUGAUGAACGACCGCUUUGGAAAGGGAAAAGGAGCAGACCGGAAGAAGGUGACAUCGGCGGGAAUACACCGAAUUAACCAUGCCACUGGAGAGACCUAUGUCACGAACGACAAGAAGGAGGCCAGCUGGGUCAAAAUGCGCUCUGUCACCGAGCAGGCGGCUCUCGACGAGUUUCUGUCCACCGCCGAAUUAGCAGGCACAGAUUUCACGGCCGAGAAGAUGAAUAACGUCAAAAUUAUUCACACGGAUCAGAAGAACCCAUACCUCCUAUCGGCGGCAGAAGAGCGCGCAGCGGUCGGGAAGCAGAGGGAACAUAAGGGUAGAUUGACUGUACCAAGACGACCAAAGUGGGAUUCGACGACCACCCCAGAACAGCUUGACCGGAUGGAAAGAGACAGUCUUCUAGAAUGGAGGAGAGGUUUGGCGGAACUCCAAGAGAACAAUGAUCUACUUCUUACUCCGUUCGAGCGAAAUCUAGAAGUUUGGAGACAACUUUGGAGAGUCAUUGAGCGGUCCGAUUUAGUAGUCCAAAUUGUCGACGCUCGAAACCCCUUACUCUUCCGAUCAGACGAUCUGGUCAGAUAUGUUAAGGAUGUGGAUCCCAGGAAAGAGAAUUUACUUCUAGUCAACAAGGCAGAUAUGUUAACGGUGGAGCAGCGCAGGGCAUGGGCGGAACAUUUUCAAGAAGCUGGUAUCUCGUAUAAGUUCUUCUCUGCCAGUUUGGCUAAGGAGUUGAACGAUGCUCGUGACGAGGAUGAGGAGGCAAGUGAGGAAGAGGAAGAGCAAUCAUCGCGGCCCUCAACAACAGCCUUGGAGCACGAGACGAAGAAGCUUGAUCUCGAGGACGACGAUGAGACAUCAAGUGAAGAGGAGGUAGACGAAAAUGAAGAUGAAGACGAAACUACUCGAAUAUUGACAGUUGAUGAACUGGAAGCUUUGUUUUUACUCCAUGCGCCAGAGUCUGAAGAUAUAAACACAGAAAAUCCAAGGAAAACUCAAAUCGGUCUUGUUGGAUACCCCAAUGUCGGAAAAUCUUCGACUAUCAACGCUUUAAUAGGUGCCAAAAAAGUAUCAGUAUCGUCAACUCCCGGAAAAACGAAACAUUUUCAGACAAUCCAUUUAAGUGAUAAGGUCUUGUUAUGCGAUUGUCCCGGUCUAGUGUUCCCUAACUUUGCUACCACGAAAGCUGAGUUGGUGUGUAAUGGUAUCCUACCGAUUGAUCAGUUGAGAGAAUUCACCGGCCCAGCCGGCCUUGUUGCAAAGCGAAUACCCCAGGCCUUUUUGGAGGCAGUCUACGGAAUGAAGAUACGAACUAGACCGCUCGAAGAAGGGGGUACUGGAAUUGCAACAGCCGAGGAAAUGUUGACUGCAUAUGCUAAAGCACGAGGUUUUACCAGAACUGGUCAAGGACAGCCCGAUGAGUCUAGGGCAGCCAGGUUUAUUCUGAAAGAUUAUGUCAAUGGGAAGCUUCUGUUCUGUCAACCACCUCCGGGUGAGAUUGAUCCACUAGAGUUCAAUCGCGAAUUGUACGACGAAGGUCAUCUGCCGGAAAAGAGACGGCUUGCUCUAGCAGCUAUGGAGUCAGGGUUAGAUCCCUUGUCAGCAGAAGCGUCCGAAAUCCCCCAACUUCGAGAAGGUCCAAAAACUCAAAAGCUAGACGGCCAGUUCUUUGGUCCAGGUCAGUCGAGCCGGGGUCAUCUUAAGAUGCCUUUUAGCCACAAGUACACCGAGCAGGGAACUGCAAGUGGUAAACAGCUGUCAGGCCGAAAGCAGAAGACAAUGUUAGCGCUCGAGAAGGACAUGGAUCCCAACGAUCUCAAGACAUUAACGAGUAAGAAGCAUUUCAAGGGAGGAUCAAAAGGCAACGGGAAGAGGAGAGCGGAUUAUUUUGCAGACUAA